GAUAACAAGUCUUUCCUGCAACAAAACCGGCAUGAUGGCAGCUGACACGCAGGUUUCCGACACGCUGAAGAAAUUUGCUGUGAAAGUGACUUCCUCCAGCGUUAAGGAGCGCAAGGAAAUAUAUGGAGAGUUGAGACGGUGUUUGAAGGGUAAAGAAUUACCAGAGCCUGCUGUCAAAGGUCUGUGUAAGCUCUUCUGUCUCACUCCACACAGAUACUGGGAUGCUGCAUCACGUAGAGAGCUGCUCUCUGUGAUCGGCCUGCUGGCUGAGAGUCAGCCUGAUGUCUUGGUGAGCAGCCUCCUCCUCUGCCUCCUGAACAGUGGAGUCAUCAGUAGACACGGGGAGCCCAGUAAAAGCUCAGGCUCUGCUGCCUUUAUCAGCUUGUCUUGGACCUGCCUUUUAGUCCACAAAGUGUUUUCUGCCCCGGAGAAAAGAGAAGGACCCAUAUGGAAGAAAAUGGUGGAGGUUCAGUCCCUUCUUGUAGCCGAGGUGGUGGGCGGAGCCAAGACCAUGGCAAAUAAAGCAAUGCUGAAGAAUCUAAGUCACCUCUGGGAAGAGAAGCCUGGACUGGUUGACCACUACAUCAGCACUCUGCUGACUCUGGAUCAGAGCCCAACAUCUCUGGCCAUGUUGGGAGUGUGUUUGGACUUCUGCACAGCUCAGAAGGACAAAGCUACAAUAGAGAAGCACAAGAGCGCCCUGCUGGACCUCUACAUUAAAUCAGUUCUCAUGAGCAAAACAAAACCGCAGCAGCACAUUUUGGACAAAAGUGCCUCGUUGCUGCGUCACAUGACCCAUCCUGACUUUAAAGAACUGCUGCUGCCUGCCAUGCAGAAGACGAUGCUUCGCAGUCCAGAGAACGCUAUGCAAACCGUUUCCUGCCUGCUGUCUGCUGUAACUCUGGAUCUCAGUCAGUAUGCCAUGGACAUUGGAAAGGCUGUAUCGAGCCAGCUGAAAGCCAACAACGCCCAGCUGAUGGAGGAAGCGGUCCAGGGCAUGCAGAACCUGGUCCGGCAGUGCAGUGAUCCCACCGCUGUGCAGGAUAUUGUCACGCACCUUUUCAAGAUCCUCGGAGGGUCUGAGGGGAAGCUCACAGUUGUUGCCCAAAAAAUGAGCGUGCUGUCAGGGAUUGCCAGCUGCAGUCAUCACGCGGUGUCAGGAACCUCCAGCCAGACUCUCAGCUCCUCUGUCGCUGUGAUGUUCAUCCCGUAUUUACAACAAGAAGUUCACGAGGGCACCUUGGUGCAUGCAGUGUCUGUGCUGGCUCAGUGGAGCAGCCGUCUCACAGUGGAGGUUCCUGCCGCUCUGCUCGACUGCUUGAAGAAAGCUUUCACUCUGAAGACCUCCACCUCCCUGGUCCGACACGCCUACCUUCAGGCCAUGCUGGGGGCCUUCAAAGGUGACACUUUAAGCCAAGCUUCAGACUUCAUACCCCUGCUCCUCCAAACUGUGGAGAAAGCUGCAGCUCAAAACUCCCAGCAUGCUCUGCUCGCCGAGGGUGUGGCAGCUUCUGUUCUUCUGAGUCGACUGGCUUUACUUGAGACACAAACAGAAACUAAAUUCACCAGCUUUUGGAACCUGAUCUUAGAUGAGAAGAAGUUGUUGUUCACCACAGAAAAGUUCCUCUCUCAGACCAGUGAAGAGACUCUGCUCACAGUGCUGCUGCUCUGUGAACGGCUGUUUUUGGACCACGCUCACCGACUGAACGCCGGCAAAUCACAGAUGUAUCACUACGCCACGGUUACCGUUCUGUUGUCUCGGAGCUGGCGUGUGAGGAAGAGGGCCCAGCAGACCGUCAGGAAGCUGCUGUCCUCCCUGGGUGGAUACAGUCUUGCCCACGGCCUUCUGGGAGAACUCCGAGUGUUCAUCAACAAACACAAAGUUCUGCCUCAGGACGUGCUGUUGUCAGAGUCAGGCGAACUUACAGAACUGGGUCGGAGCUACAUUCCCCCUCGUGUCCUGUUGGAUGCUCUAUGCGUUGUUUGCUCUGCUGCCAGCCAGUGGGGGGACUCGACCGAAGCAGAGAGUCUGGCUAUGGAGACCCUCAUCGUCGCUCAUCAUCCAUCCAUAGUUCAAGCUCGCUCUGGCUUGUGGCCUGUUCUGCUGUCAUCUAUGAGCAUAAAAGCUGAUGAAUUUAUAGAGAAGAAUCUGGAGGCCAUCCUACCACAUCUGCUGGAGGUCAACGCUGACAGUCAGGCAGUGAAAAAUGCAGUCGGUGCCCUCAGCAUCCUGUCCCCCAACAAGCUGUUGCCACGUGUGAUCAGCCAUGUUGUGGAGGGGCUCUCCCAGCCUGCUCUGCUGCAGGUCACCAGAGAGGAGUAUAGCAUCAUGCAAGUGCCUGAGGGAGAGCUGUACGACAACAGCAUCAUCCAGAGCGCCCAGAAGGAAACCACCAAGAAAGUCAACAUGAAGAGAGAAAAUAAGGCCUACUCCUACAAGGAACAGAUCAUAGAACUGGAGUUACAGGAGGAACUAAAGAAGAAAAAAGGCAUCAAAGACGAGGUGCAGCUGACCAGCAAACAGAAGGAAAUGAUUCAGACUCAGCUGGAAAAAGAAUCAGCUGUUCGUAAAAGACUUCAAGGGAUGGACAUGGAGCUGCAGAGUGUGGUGGGUCUGCUUGAGGCCAUUCUGAAAGCAAGACCUGCUCAGAUCACCAGGGAGCUCCCUGCUGUCCUCCACGUCCUGAUGCCCCUGCUGCUCUCCCCCCUGGCUGCUCCACGCAUCCAGCAAGUCUUCUUGGACAUUGGAGUUUGCCUCAUGCCUAAACACCUUCACUUCCUGGCUGAACUUGUGGGUCAUGUGACUUUACGGUUAAUAAAGCCUGAGUGCAAUCUGGACUCAGCUUGGGGACAGGAGGACCUGGACACAGCAGCUCACCGCACUGUCCUGCUGCUGCAUAACCACACUGUCCCGCAGAGAGAGGACAAGAGUGGAGAUGUGGCUCCGUUGUCUGCUCCUGCGUUCUCUUUCUGCUUCCCUCUCCUGAACGCCACACUCAGGGAGUCUUCAGGCAGCACCGAGGAGACGGAGAACAUGAUGACCAGAGCUCUGCAGGUCAUCAACGUCCAUGCCCAGCUUCGGGCUGACACUGACAAUGAUGAAGUUGCCAUAGAUGAGAAUGGACCAGAACUACUUCCACGUGUAAAUAUGCUUCUGCUGCUGACCAGGAUUAUUUCUACAGCCGCUCCAAGACUGCAGGUGCUGGCUUCUCAGUGCCAGACGGCCCUGUGCGUCAGUGCAGGAGGAGGAGACGGCUGCACGGUGGCUGAGCAGCCGGAGAUAGACGUGCUGCUCAGCGCCCUGCUUUCACCCUGCUUCUCUGUCCGGGAUGCUGCUCUCAGGGGCCUGCUGGAGAUGGAGUUCGCUCUGCCUACAGACAGCACAGAGCCCAGCGGGAUGAGUCUGCUGCGCAGGCUUUGGGUUGCCAGGUUUGAUGUUGAAGCAGAAGGACGUACUUUGGCUGAAAAACUUUGGGAGUCUCUAGAUCUGGAGUUGGUUCCUGAGAUUUGCUCCCUGCUGAUCGGUGACAUCACUCAUCAUGAGGAGGCCAUCCGGUCUGCCGCAGCAGAAGCCUUGUCGAGCGCCGUGUCCCAGUACAGAGAGCAGUCUGCCUUAGUGCUCGGCCAGUUAACUGAGCUCUACCAUCAGAAGCUUUAUAGACCACCUCCUGUGCUGGAUGCUCUUGGCAGAAUGAUCUCCGAGUCGCCGCCGGACCAGUGGGAGGCCAGGUGUGGCAUUGCUCUGACUCUGAACAAGCUGUCGCAGUACCUGGAUGAAUCUCAGGUCACCCCUCUCUUCCUUUUCUUUGUGCCCGAUGCGCUGAACGAUCGCCAUGCUGAGGUGCGGCGCUGCAUGCUGGACGCUGCGCUCUCAGCCCUGAACACGCACGGAAAGGAUAAUGUCAGCUCCCUGCUGCCAGUUUUCGAGGAGUUUUUGAAGAACGCCCCGCAGGAUGCCAGCUAUGACUCCGUUCGUCAGAGUGUAGUGAUUCUCAUGGGAUCUCUGGCCAAACACCUUGAUAAAAACGACCCUAAGGUCAAACCCAUUGUGGCCAAGCUCAUAACGGCGCUGUCCACACCGUCACAGCAGGUCCAGGAGUCUGUGGCCAGCUGCCUGCCUCCUUUAGUGCCUGCCAUCAAGGAGGACGCCGCAGGAAUUGUACGCAACCUGUUGCAGUUGUUGCUGGAGAGCGACAAAUAUGCAGAAAGGAAGGGAGCAGCGUACGGACUGGCUGGACUGGUCAAAGGUCUGGGCAUCCUGGCUCUCAAACAGCAGGAAAUCAUGACCACCCUGACCGACGCCAUCCAGGACAAGAAAAACUUCAGACGAAGGGAAGGAUCCCUGUUUGCCUUUGAGAUGCUGUGUAACAUGUUGGGCAAGCUGUUUGAGCCGUACGUGGUCCAUGUGCUGCCACACCUCCUGCUCUGUUUUGGAGAUGGAAACCAGUAUGUCAGAGAGGCUGCAGAUGACUGUGCCAAAGCUGUGAUGAGGAACCUGAGCGCCCAUGGAGUGAAGCUUGUGCUCCCCUCCCUGCUGGUGGCCCUGGAGGAGGAAUCAUGGAGGACCAAAGCAGGCUCGGUGGAGUUGUUGGGUGCCAUGGCUUAUUGCGCGCCCAAGCAGUUGUCGUCCUGUCUGCCCAGCAUCGUCCCCAAGCUGACGGAGGUGCUGACUGACUCCCAUGUUAAGGUGCAGAAGGCUGGCCAGCAGGCUCUCCGACAGAUUGGCUCUGUCAUUCGCAACCCUGAAAUUUUGGCCAUCACGCCCAUUCUGUUGGACGCACUCACUGAUCCAUCCAGGAAAACCCAGAUGUGCCUGCAGACCCUGCUGGACACCAAGUUUGUGCACUUUAUCGAUGCACCCUCCCUGGCCCUCAUCAUGCCCAUCGUCCAGAGAGCCUUUCAGGAUCGCUCCACGGACACCCGAAAGAUGGCCGCGCAGAUUAUCGGGAACAUGUACUCGCUCACCGACCAGAAGGAUUUGUCUCCCUAUCUGCCAAGCGUUAUUCCUGGACUGAAGGCUUCCCUGUUGGACCCAGUGCCUGAGGUCCGUACGGUCUCAGCCAAAGCCUUGGGCGCCAUGGUGAAGGGGAUGGGUGAGUCUUGCUUUGAUGACCUGUUGCCGUGGCUCAUGGAGACACUGGCAUCUGAGCAGAGCUCCGUGGACCGAUCCGGAGCUGCGCAAGGUCUGGCUGAGGUGAUGGCUGGACUUGGAGUGGAGAAACUGGACAAACUGAUGCCAGACGUCGUGCAGACUGCCUGCAAGGUGGACAUUGCAUCCCACGUCAGAGACGGCUACAUCAUGAUGUUUAUCUACCUGCCACUCACCUUUGGAGAUAAAUUUACCCCAUACGUGGGACCCAUUAUCCCCUGCAUUCUCAAGGCACUAGCUGAUGAGAACGAGUAUGUGAGAGACACAGCACUGCGAGCUGGCCAGCGAAUCAUCAGCAUGUAUGCUGAGACUGCCAUCGCUCUGCUGCUGCCAGAGCUGGAGCAAGGCCUGUUUGAUGACCUGUGGAGGAUCAGGUUCAGCUCUGUACAGCUGCUGGGAGACCUGCUGUUCCAUAUCUCAGGAGUAACAGGAAAGAUGACCACAGAGACGGCCUCAGAAGAUGACAACUUUGGAACCGCCGCAUCCAAUAAAGCUAUCAUCUAUGCUCUGGGAGCCGAGCGGCGUAACCGUGUGCUCUCGGGACUCUACAUGGGCCGCUCCGACACCCAGCUGGUUGUUCGUCAGGCUUCCCUUCAUGUGUGGAAGAUUGUUGUAUCCAACACCCCCCGGACGCUGAGGGAGAUCCUCCCAACCCUCUUCAGUCUCCUGCUGGGCUUCCUGGCUUCUACCUGCCCUGACAAGAGAACGAUUGCUGCUCGGACGCUGGGCGACCUCGUGAGGAAGCUAGGAGAGAAGAUCCUCCCUGAGAUCAUUCCCAUCCUGGAGGAAGGGCUUCGCUCCGAUAAGAGUGAUGAGAGGCAGGGUGUCUGCAUCGGUCUCAGUGAGAUCAUGAAGUCCACCAGCAGAGAUGCAGUGCUGGUCUUCUCUGAGUCACUAGUCCCCACAGUGAGGAAGGCUCUCUGUGACCCUCUGGAGGAGGUCCGAGAGGCUGCAGCCAAAACCUUCGAGCAGCUCCACGCGACCAUCGGCCACCAGGCGCUGGACGACAUCCUGCCUACUCUACUCAAGCAGCUGGAUGACGAGGAAACGGCUGAGUUUGCUUUAGACGGUCUGAAGCAAGUCAUGGCAGUGAAGAGUCGUUCUGUGCUGCCAUAUUUGGUUCCAAAGCUGACUGCUCCUCCUGUGAACACUCGAGUGUUGGCCUUCCUGUCUGCUGUGGCUGGAGAUGCUCUGACCCGCCAUCUUGGUGUCAUUCUUCCCGCUCUGCUCUCCUCUCUUAAAGGAAAGCUGGGAACAGAACAAGAAGUACAGGAGUUGUUCAGCUGUCAGACCGUGAUCCUCUCCGUGGACGAUGAAGUAGGUCAGAGGAUCAUCAUAGAAGACCUGCUGGAGGCGACCCGAGGAGCCGACUCAGGCCUCAGACAGGCAGCCGUCACCAUCCUGAAUGCUUACUUUGCUCGCACUCGCCUGGAUUACAGCGCUCACACUCGCAGCCUACUGUCGGGCCUCAUCCGCCUCCUGAACGACUCCAACCCUGAGGUCCUGUCGCAGAGCUGGGAUACCAUCAACUCCAUCACUAAGAAACUGGAUGCAAGCAGCCAGCUGGCUCUAAUAGAUGACUUGCACAGAGACAUCAGAUCAGUAAUGGCAGAUGUGAAGGGUCAACAUCUGCCUGGCUUCUGUCUGCCCAAGAAAGGUGUGACGUGUAUCUUAUCUGUGCUGAGAGAAGGGGUCCUCACGGGCAGCCCUGAGCAGAAAGAAGAAGCAGCCAAAGCGUUGGGAGGAGUCAUCAGACUGACCUCUUCUGAGGCCCUACGACCUUCAGUCGUCAACAUCACUGGACCUCUGAUUCGAAUCCUGGGAGACCGCUUUGCCUGGACGGUGAAGACCGCUCUGUUGGAGACCUUGACCUUGCUGCUGGCAAAGGUGGGCAUUGCCCUGAAGCCCUUCCUCCCUCAGCUUCAGACCACCUUCCUGAAGGCCCUGCAGGACUCCAGCCGUGGGGUGAGGCUGAGAGCCGCCGAGGCUCUGGGUCAACUGGUUUCCAUCCACACCAAAGUCGAUCCGCUUUUCACUGAGCAGCUUUCUGCGAUCCGCAAUGCUGAGGACUCUGGAGUCAGGGAGACCAUGCUUCAGGCCUUAAGAUUCGUCAUCCAGGGGGCCGGAUCAAAAGUGGACCCAGCCAUCCGUAAAAACAUCACCGCCACAUUACUCGGCAUGCUGGGUCACGAUGAGGAUGCUACCCGUAUGGCCUCAGCGGGCUGCGUUGGUGAGCUGUGUGCCUUCCAGUCAGAGGAAGAGCUGAAGAGUCUCCUACUUCAGCAUGUCUUGGCGGACGUGUCGGGUGUGGACUGGAUGGUGCGUCAUGGCCGCAGCCUGGCCUUGGCCGUAGCUGUUAAGUCUGCCCCCGAGAAGCUGUGUGGGAAGGAUUACUACGAGACCGUGACAGAGACCGUUUUGGCCAACGCCACUGCUGACAGGAUUCCUAUUGCUACCAGUGGGAUCCGAGCCAUGGGAUACCUGAUGAGGCAUCACCUCCGAACAGAGGGAAGCAGUAAUGUUUUACAGCGCAUCGUCACACAGUUUGUCAAGUGUCUUCAGCAUCAGUCCAGCGACAUCAGACUGGUGUCGGAGCGGGUCCUGUGGUGGGUGUUCAGAGACCCGUCGGUGCCCCCCAUGGAGACCAGUCUCAUCAAGCCCCUGCUAAAGAGUCUGCUGGACAACACCAAGGACAAGAACACCACCGUCAGAGGCCAGAGCGAGCACACCAUCGUCAACCUGCUAGGACUCCGCCAGGGCGAGGAAACCAUGCAGAGUAUUACUGCCAUCCUGGACUCUGCAAGUAACGAACUACUGUCAGAGUGUCACCGCCGGUCGCUGAAGAAGAUCUCCAGUCUGCCUGACUCCAAUGAAGAGAUUGAUGACACAAUCCUAACGUGAUGGAGCAGGACUAAAUACAAAUGCAUUCUGCAGAGGCCAACUCAAAUCUGACUGAUCCAGUAAGCAAAUACCAGGAGAACCCCAGACACACUCAGCAGAUAUCCUCUUCUCGCCUUGGAGUGGAAGAAAUCCUGUAUAUCCAGGCAAAUUUUCUUUUUUGUUCGUUUUUUUUCUCACUUCCUUGUUUUAGCAUCUUUAAGCCUAGUUUCUUUUAUCUUGUGAUGUGCAGGUGAUCCUCCUGUACCAAACUUUAUUAGAAAGACACAAUGCCAAAAUCUGUUUUGAUACAACAGUGUUUUGCUAAUUAUUUUACUAAAAUGAUUUGAAGCAUUUAAAUACCUCUGGAAAAACAAAGUCCCUCUCUAAUAUUUCUUUGGAGUUUGUGUGAGAACUGUUUGGGGAAAACAACUUUCUAUAAGAAGACAAAUCAUUCUUAUCAGUGAUACUGUUGUAAAAAUCUUAUUCAGUAACGGUAAUAAAAAGAUUUCAUAAUGUG